AUGAUGCACAAAAUUGCGGUCUUCUUCCUGGUUACUGUAGCAUUUGUAUCAAUGGGUAUGUUAUUUCUUACUAUAUCUUUUUAUGCACAUUUGUUUAAAGCUGUUAGAUUUAUGUUUUUUAUUUUUCUUAUUACCUUUAGUAACAUAACAUUAUAUUGUUUUAGUACACGCACAACAAGAAGAAGAUCCAGUGAUGAAAAAGAGGAAAGACUUUGGAGUUUACUCGGUAAGGUUACAAUGUGAUAGUUUGGUCGACUUUAUUUUAUUAAACUAACAUUAAAUCUACUUUAUAACUUGGUUUUUACUAUAUUUUUUGAAUUUGAAGAGUAAUAUAAUGUUUUACAUUCGUAAUUGUACUCUUUUCAGUUCGUAUCUUCUGACUACCCAGCCGCCUUCGCUAUUGUCGCUGGAGUGAGUGUGGUACUGGUCGUGGGUGUUGUCUUUAUCGUAGUCGGAUUGUUGACUAUGGACCCAGGCCGCGACUCCAUCAUCUACCGUAUGACCACCACCAGAAUGAAGAAGGACUAA